AUGUCAUCUAUCGAGCUUGAAAUAAAAAUUUGUGAAACUCAUUAAUUAGAAAUAGUUGCUGUUGAUCUAAAAGCAGCAAAAGAAAAGAAAGAGAAAUUUUUAUGUGUUAAAUGUUUGAUUAAGAGAGUUGACGAAAAUUACAUCGUACUUCUAAAAGAAGGGCUUAAAAUGAUUUAGGAUAUGAAAUAAAAGUGUAAAAUAUAAGUAAUGAACGAUACCCAAAAAACAUUGGAAAAUAUAAAGAAUCUUUAAACAUCUGUCUCUGAAAUUAAUAAACUUUUUUCAGAUACAUUUAGGAAGCUUUAAGAUAAUUUUGAUGAUAAUAUUAAGAAUUCAAAUAAAUCAGAAAUUUAAUUUAAGGAGUAAUCUGUAGAAGAGUUAAAAUUUGAUUAAGACUUUGAAACUUUAUCUAUUCACUAUAAGGGAAAUUUGAAUUAUGAUAUUCCCAAAGAAAAAGUAAAUAUUGAUGAAUUUAAAGAGUUAAUGGAAAAUGUCUAAAGCCAACUGUCGUAUAUGGCAAAUGCAUAAUAAUUCUCUCAAAUAUUUGGGUCAAUUACAAAAAUUAAAUCCUAAUAUCAAAUAGAGCAACCUAUCCCUCAAAAAGAGGUUGAUAAACAUAAAACUCUUAGCUUAAGUUAAAGAUGUAUUAAUAAUGAUCAUGGAUUAGAAAUCAUUAUGAUUCAUCUCAAUGAAAAAAAAAACGAAUCCAACCAAAGUAGAUUGGCUUGUUCAAGAUGUAUUCAGCAAUAUCCAAAAAGAAAAUAUAUAACCAUAGAAGAUGCAAAUAUAAAAUGGAAAGAAUUCAAAAGGUAAUAAAAUUAGAUGAUUACUAAUUACAAUAAUAACAGAUUUAAUAAGUUUACUUCUGCCAUUAAAUCUAUUUAAUAAUUAAAGGAUAUUUAUAAUUAAACCUUAACUGAUAUCAUACAAUAAUUAGAAAGAAAGAGAAUAAUUAAUAAAGAUAUGUUAUCAGCUAAUUAAACUGUGGUUGGAGAAUUAUACGAGUUAAAUGACCAGGAAAUUUAGAAGGCUGUUGAAAUUAUUUGUUUGAAAGAUAAUCAUAAAAAAUUAAAAAAGGAGUAAGUUGAAUAAGAUUAAAUUGAUGCAAUUUUCUUUUAGAAUCUAAAAUAAAAUUUGGAGAAUCUGAUGAAAUAUGACUUGCUAACAAAACAUAAUUUAUUAAGAAUAUAGAAUUAAAAUUAAUAAUAAUAAUUGGUAGAUGAGAUUAAAUAAGUUAAAGAAAUUGAGAAAGCUCCUGAUAUGAAUUUAUUUUUUUUAAAAUUUGAAUUACAGGUUGAAUAUAUUUCAAUCCUUGAUGAUGUAUUUAAUUUUUAUAAGACUCUACAACAAGAAAUAGACGAUUUAUAGAAAAAAGGAAAAUUAUCUGAAUUAUUGAAUUCUAAAUAAGAAACUCAAUCAUAAAUUAUCAAAUAAUAAUAUGAAACUUUCAAAUAAAAUUCGGAUAAAAUCAAAUUAUUGAUGAUGGCUGAAGCAAACUAUAAAUAACUAUCUACAUUGACAGAAUAAUUAACUUAAAAUAAGUAAUAACAAUAAACUAUCCAAACAUAACUGAAUAAUUAGAAUAAGCAGGUUGAAACAAUGAAUUUGUAGAUAGAACAAGCAAAACAAGAAAAUAAAAAAAAUUUAGAGGAAAAAGAGAAAUUUACUUAGAAGGUUGAAAUCCUAAAUUAGUAAAUAGAAUAAUUAAAAUAAGAAAAAAAAGAGGAAAUAUUGAAAAAAGAUGAAUAUUUUAAGUAGAUUGAACCACUAAAAUAGGAAAUCUAAUAAUUAAAAUAAGAAAAUACUAGAAUCUAGUAAGAUGCCUAAGGAAAAUUAACCAUAAAGGAUCAAGACAUUGCAAGGAUUCAGUAAUAAUACAAUUAGUCAUCAUAAGACCUUAAGUAAUUAAAAGAAUAAUCUAAACUUCUCAGUACUUACUUUUCGGGUUAAGUAUUUAAUUAGAUAGAGACUAAAGUAAAAAAGACAAUUAAGUGUUAACUACUUAUUUAUUAAGCAACUAAGGAUGGACUAAAUCAGACUAGCUUUUGGAAUAAAAUAAAUGGAAAAUCUAAUUUACUGAUAAUAUUUAAGUCUAAGAAUGGAAGGAUAUUUGGUGGUUUUUCUCCUUGUUAAUGGUUAUAAACUAUUAAUGGAUAUGUUCAAGAUGAUACAUUAUCAUCAUUUAUAUUUUCUUAGACUCAUAACUAAUUUUACCCUUUGAAAGAAGCUAAUAAAGCUAAUGCUAUUUAUUGUCACUCCAAUUAAGGUCCUGUUUUUGGAAGCGGACAUGACCUCUAAAUUGGUACUGAUUUUUAAAGUGGAACUUCCAUUUUAGGGACAUCUUAUUAAAUUGAUUAACAUAAAAUUACAACUCAAAAUAUUCAUUUGUUUGGUUAAGCAACACCAAAUUUAGAUGAAUGUGAAGUAUUUGAACUUAUUUUAAAAUGA